AUGGACGCUCGUGAUAUUAGCCGCGUCUUCCGUCGCGAUGUCUGCAUUGAAUGCGUUGCCCUUGUGACAGGAGGAGGAUCUGGUAUUGGUCAGGAAAUUGCAGUAAAGUUAGCUGAAUAUGGUGCCAAAGUCGCGGUCUUUGGUCGUCGAGAGACCGCUUUACAGAGCACCAUGGACAUGAUGCGUCAAUGUGGAGUGUCCGACAGCGCUUACAUGUUCAUACAAGGAGAUGUACGCUCUGAUAAGAGUGCAGAUAAUGCAGUAGCAAAGGUCCUUGAACGAUUUGGAAAGCUCAAUGUACUCGUUAACGCAGCGGCAGGCAAUUUCCUGGCGUUGGCCGAGAAGCUGUCGACAAAUGCGUUUCGUACGGUUAUCGAGAUUGAUACCAUUGGUACAUUCAACAUGAGUCGUGCAGUAUUUGAGCCUUUGAAGAGAAGUGGAGAUGGACGGAUUAUUAACAUUACAGCUACGUUACAGAAUCCAGCGACGUGGUAUCAGGUGCACGCUUCCGCGGCUAAAGCUGCAGUGGACAGUAUUACCCGUUCAUUAGCAUUAGAAUGGGGACAAUUUGGUAUUCGUGUUACAGGUGUCGCUCCGGGUCCGAUUGCAGACACGACGGGUACGGCAAAACUAGGAGGGAACAUUGAAGAUCCGGAAGAGAGGAAGAAGUGUAUUAUCACUACAGUUCCAUUGGGUCGUAUGGGUCAUAAGACAGAUAUUGCAGCUGCAGUGCUGUACUUGGUGUCUCCUGUGGGAAACUUUGUAUCGGGUGAUGUAUUGACUGUGGAUGGAGGACACUACCUUUAUAAGAAUCCGAUAAUGUCGCGUGGAUCACUUGAAUCUUGGUCAAAAAAGAUGGAGCAAAAAUCACGCAGUACGAUCGACUCCAAGUUGUAA